AUGGGUGCCGGCGUGAGGCUAGGCGGGUGGGAGGUCGACGGUCAUCAGUACGGCGUGGGCAACAGCGUGCACGGCAACGACUUCAAUGCCGUCGGCGAAGGGGCCCUCAAGGUGCUUGUGGGCGAGCAGGGCGACAUUUGCGGCAACACCUGCGAGGACGGGUCUUGCUCAUUGGUCGGCGAGGGCCUGUCGGGCAUCACGACCUCGUGGGACCAGGCAUGCGACGGAAUCGUCCCAACCACUACCAUUACCUCCUCCCCCCCCUCCUCCUCUAGCUUCAGCACUACAAUGACCAGCAGCAGUAGCAGUAGCAGCAGCAGCAGCGGCACCGGAGAUGGGUCCGCCUCGAACGAGAGUGAUGACGACGACGACGACGACGACGACGGUUCUGGCUUCGUCACACCGCUGUCCGAAGACGAUGAUGGCGGUGAGGAGGCACAGGACAGCGAUGACGACGACUUCCGUGUCUCCGCUGACGCGGAUUCCGACGACGACGACAACAACGAAAUACAUGAUGACAACGUCUACUACUACCCCUACAGCGAGGAAGAAGAGGAGCUCGACAGCGACGACGACGACGACGACGACGACGACGACGACGACGACUUCCGCGCUUCCUCCGACUCUGAAGAAUGUAGCAGCAGCCGGAGCAGGUCUCGCAGGGGGGAAGACGACGAUGAGGAAGCCGCCACCGCUACCACCGACGACGACGACGACUCUGACGACUAUGGCGACGACUACGGUGACCAAUUCGACAGCGACGACGAGUCGGAGCGGCGCGAUCGCCGCCGCUUGAGGGGCGGUGCUGGCCGGGCCUCAUAAGCGGGGCUGGGACUCAUAGACGGUGGCGGCCGCAGAGGUGCGGUCUUGCCUCGGGUCGUGCAGACGGCGGCAAUACAACAACCUCAGUCAACAGGUAGCUCUGGCGGUCGGAGAGUUUCGUGGGCAUCGCGAAACCCUCUGCCAACUGAGCCGUGUGGAUAUUGCUAGAAUGAAUGAGGCAAGAGCUUGGACCCAGGGCGAUUUGCUUUGUCAAGAUGGCUCGAGCGAUGCGUCGAAUUGGGCGCUGCCAAUAAUCCAACGCAGCCGGGACAAAUAAAUUGAAUCCUGGGGGCAGUGAUGGAGCUACAAUUAGGAAGCGGGUAGGAGGUGGGGGGGGGCACAACGUGAUUUUUUUUCGCAUUUGUUUUGCGGGGGACAACAAUGUCGCUUUUAUAGUUUUUCAUUUGCUUUCUGGGGGGGGUGUCCCCGCUACCGAGGUCCACAGUCAUGGAUAGAGUUUCUUCCGCCACGCUUCGAAAGCGCUCUACACUUUCUCACGCUGUUUGAGUUGUUACCCCUCUGCGACCGUCUAGAUUUUGUGAUAAUUUUUUCCGGUGGUCUCCCAUAUGGCAACACGUUAGCAUAUAGAAGAAGGUAAAUUUUGAAUUUCAGGCUCGACCAUCUCGAGAUUUCCCUGUUCUAAAAGAGACACGUGUGACACACUUCACCCAUGAAAUGCGGGAACGCAAGUGCAUCGAUUUGUUGAUUUGCCAGCACAUAAUAACCUUGGUGCUCGUUGGGUUAUGUUGACUAUUCGACCGGCAGGGUCCCCGAGAGUUAUUGGCUGUGAGUGUCGUCAAGUUACUCCGUGUGUUGAAGUGCGCUUGAUGGACCCUUGUUCAGUGGUUAGAUGCAGGCCGAGGCUAUAGAAAUCGUGCUUAUGCUUCUGCGAGAUCCAU